UGAUUGGAUGCUGACUGCUUGUCAGGAAGAAAGGAGUGUUGUGUUGAGGCCGAAAGCAGGACCACAAGCAAUAAUUAUACAAUAUUGGGUAAUUUGUUAAUAAAUGGUGGAGGUGCAGGAUCCCUUCGGUCAGACCAGACACACCGCUGUUUCUCUCCCCACUGCGUCGCUCAUUAUGGUCAUAGUGUUCCAAAACUGCCGCUGCUUUAACUACACAUGAUGGGGGUGCCGUGCGGCGACACAGACUGGAGCUUAUCUUAGCUCUUUAUCCUUCCUAUAGCACACAACACGAUCCAGCUUUUGGUUCCGGUAACCUGAAGCUGUCGAACCUAGGAAACACUGAUACAUGGAGCAGCACAGAGUGGAGCCACCAUGUCGCCUGCUUGAAAACAGAUCCGGUGCUGAAACUGUAUAGCGGCUUUUAGAAGCUGGUUUCCGUUUUCUCGAAAAUCAACCUGUUCAACCCUCUGCAUCAGUAAAAAUGUUACAAUGGGAGAAAAAAUGUGAGAAAUCAAGUGGACAAAAAAUGCUCCACAGAGGUCAAAUUACCUCUCAACACUGACUUCAAUUCAGAAGAUGCUGGGAAUAUUUCGUGGACGAAGGAAGUUCCUGGCAGCCUCUCUUGUCUUGCUUUUCAUCCCCACACUCACUUGGCUUUACCUGUCAAUUGGAAAUUUUCAAGUAAAGCCCCUACGCCUAUCUUCAUUGGAAGCACAGUCACCUCCACCACUGGGUUACACUAAUGCACGGCUGGCCUUGGAGCUGAGGAUCCGAGCGGUGGAAGAGGAAAACAGGGCCCUGCGCCAGGAGCUCAGUCAUCCUCUCAGGAACUCGUCUGCUUCCUAUACAAACAUCACAAGCAAAGGAAACCAAAGCCGAACUCAUUUGGAAAAAGGCACCAGUAAUAAUGAUGGACAAAAGAAUGUUGCUGUGGGGAACAACUCCAACUGUUUACAACAUCAGUUAGUGGAUAAGUGUGAGACUAUCCAUGUGGCCAUUGUAUGUGCAGGUUACAACGCAAGUCGAGAUGUUGUAACAUUGGUGAAAUCAGUCCUUUUCCACAGACGGAAUGCUCUUCAUUUCCAUUUCAUCACAGACUCUAUUGCAAAGCAGAUUCUCUCCUAUUUGUUUCAUUCUUGGAUGGUCCCUGCUGUCAGGGUGAACUUCUAUGAUGCAGAUGAGCUUAAGUCUGAAGUUUCAUGGAUACCUAAUAAACAUUACUCUGGUAUCUACGGACUAAUGAAACUGGUGCUCACCAAGACGCUGCCCAUGAAUCUGCACAGGGUCAUUGUUCUUGACACAGAUAUCACUUUUGCCACUGACAUUGCUGAGCUCUGGGCUGUCUUUCACAAGUUUAAAGGUCAGCAGGUUCUGGGUCUAGUAGAGAACCAGAGUGACUGGUAUCUGGGAAAUCUCUGGAAGAACCAUCGACCCUGGCCAGCACUAGGUAGAGGUUUCAACACUGGGGUUAUUUUACUUCUCCUGGAUCGGUUACGGAAGGUCAGAUGGGAGCAGAUGUGGAGACUGACUGCAGAAAGAGAACUAAUGAGCAUGCUGUCCACCUCAUUGGCAGACCAGGACAUCUUUAAUGCAGUGAUCAAGCAGAACCCUUUCCUUGUUUACCAGCUGCCCUGCUAUUGGAAUGUUCAACUGUCAGACCACACUCGCUCUGAAAAAUGCUACAAAGAUGUAUCAGACCUGAAGGUGAUCCAUUGGAACUCCCCUAAGAAGCUACGAGUCAAAAAUAAGCAUGUUGAGUUCUUUCGAAAUCUUUAUCUUACUUUUCUGGAGUAUGACGGUAAUCUGCUGCGACGGGAGCUGUUUGGCUGUCCAAGCGAGGCUGACCCCAACAGUGAAAAUCUACAAAAGACUCUUUCAGAGCUUGAUGAAGAUGACCCCUGUUAUGAGUUUCGGCGAGAGAGAUUUACAGUUCAUCGAACGCAUCUUUACUUUCUCCACUAUGAGUAUGAGUCCAGUUCUGACCAAAGUGAUGUCACUCUUGUUGCACAGCUAUCUAUGGACAGGCUCCAGAUGUUAGAGGCUAUCUGUAAGCACUGGGAAGGCCCCAUCAGUUUGGCCCUAUACCUUUCAGAUGCUGAGGCACAGCAGUUCCUGCGAUAUGCACAGGGAUCUGAGGUGCUGAUGGGCCGCGGAAAUGUAGGUUACCAUGUAGUCUACAAAGAGGGGCAAUUCUAUCCAGUCAAUCUCCUGCGAAACGUGGCCAUGCAGCAAGUCAACACAAACUAUAUGUUCCUAUCAGACAUUGAUUUCCUCCCCAUGUAUGGCCUCUAUGAGUAUCUCAGGAAAUCAGUGGUGCUGCUUGACAUGGCCAACAACAAAAAAGCCCUAGUAGUUCCAGCUUUUGAGACUCUGCGAUAUCGCCUCUCCUUCCCAAAGUCUAAGGCAGAAUUACUCUCCCAGCUGGACAUGGGCACACUCUUCACUUUUAGAUACCACGUGUGGACCAAAGGCCAUGCGCCAACUAACUUUGCCAAAUGGCGGACAGCCACUACACCUUACAAAGUGCUGUGGGAGGCCGACUUUGAGCCCUAUGUGAUGGUGAAGAAAGACAGUCCUGAGUAUGACCGCCGUUUUGUGGGCUUUGGCUGGAACAAGGUGGCUCAUAUCAUGGAGCUUGAUGCACAGGAGUAUGAGUUUGUGGUCCUGCCAAAUGCCUAUAUGAUCCAUAUGCCCCAUGCUCCCAGCUUCGACAUCACAAAGUUUCGCUCUAAUAAGCAGUACCGGGUCUGCCUUAAGACCCUGAAGGAGGAGUUCCAGCAGAACAUGUCUCGUCGCUUUGGCUUUGCUGCUCUUAAGUACAUGACAGCUGAAAAUAACAGCUAGUCAGCACUACAAGCCCAAUGUCCUCUGGAGCAAAACUACUCAAAAUGUUCAUGGGGUAGGAAAGUUAAACACACAAUUGAAUUACUUAAAUGGGGCCCUUUGGAUUUUGUAAGACUUCAGACCCUGAGAUCUAAAAGAAUAUUUUAGCCUGAGCAACCUGACAUCAUAUUUUAUCAUUUUGUGUGAGUAGAAGUGAUGAUAUUGAGGAUUGAGCACUGAUAAUAGCUCUUUUGACGUGACAGACUGUGUGGGCCAACUGUGCAGUCCAUCAUGCACUCAGAAAGAAGAGGAGAGAAUUAAUGUCUUAUCACAUUUCUAAGACCACUGACAGAUUUUGUGGCUGUAAAGUGAUAUUGUGAGUGUGUGUAUCUUUCCUUCAGGACAGAGCUUAGGAAGAGCCGUGGAAAGAGAGGAGUUGAAGAAACCACCACGGUUUAACUGAUAGAAGGCCAGAUAAAGCAAAGCAGGAAAUAUGUCCUGAUCUAUGUAUAUCAGAAAUCUCUGGAGGUUUUUUCUCUCAUUUUGAAUCAGACAUUUCUUCCCUUCACCAUGCUGUGAGGCGCCGCCAUUAUAAACCGGGGUAGGAUAUUUUAAGAUGGCCGUGUUAUGGUUUUAGCUUACUUGGUCAUUGCCUUCCUGUGCAUUUUUGCUCAAACAAGUUUUUGUUUCCAGCACAGUCUAGUCUUGCUCCCCUUGACUUGAACCUGGUCGAUUUUUGACUAGAGUCAAACAGAAGAAGUUCACCACAAAAUCAAUAACGUUGAUUUUCGGUGAUGUUUUAUAAUUGUAGUUUUAGCAAUGGCAGCAGAAGAAGUGAAGAAAGCCGUUUAGUCCAUAUUGGCCACAAUUCCGAAUACUGAAUGAACAUUAACAGCCGAAUCAUUCGGAUCGGUACGUCAAUGGUUGUUGCUGGCAAUUUCUGGUUAGCUUCUUAGUGUCAAACAGAGAGCAUUACAUACACAGCCGUUAGCAAUUGGAUGAAAUUUAAAACCUUAGCACAGGGUUGCCUCCAGGAAGCAAUCAUUUCCCCAGCUCAGCUGAAUGCAUUGAAACCAACAUGAUGUAUGAGCCAAAACAUGUUGCAUUUUUUCCUGCUUGCAUUAAUGUAAUGAUAAUCAUGGCCUCAUUUCAACUAAAGAUGAGAUGUGGGUUUGGAAUUUUGUUAUUUAAAAAAUAUUUCAAAAAGUGGAAGGUUAUUUGAGGAACCAAUGUUUUUUUGUCUUUUAAAUCAUAUAUUCCCCUGGCUUCUGCUUUCCUACAGGGAGAAGUGAAAAUCAGAAUAAAAGUCUUUAGUGUCCAGCUUUUGAAAUCAUGGUUAUGACUAAGACACAAAUAACUGGAACAUUAGCACAACAGUAGAACUGGAUUUAUACUGUUAAAGAUUUAUCACAUGAUGCAAUCUGACAUUUAGAGUAUGGUCAGUGCACAAUUUUUGGUGAAGAUUACAACGAGGUUAAAUUAUUUUAUGUAAUAAAUCCACCCAUCACACUUAUCUAGAGUGUCUUUCCUAACAAUUGUUGCGCAAUACCCCCCACCCCCUCUCUAUUCCCUCACUCUGUACUUCCUCUUCUGAGAGGUGAGAUGUGCUACCAGCUCUCCAUCUAACAGAUGAAUUGACUUUCCUAAAUCUGCUGGGAUUUACCCUGUCCAGAACUGAAGUAAACUGUGUUUAAAGUUGGCAUCGAGAAACGAUUCGCCUGGUUUCUGACGACCUCCAUCCAGGUGUCCCACCCUUCUCCCCCCUGUGAAUUAGCCAGACUGAGCAGCCUGCAGCCAACUAGUUUCACAGAGCUCAACUGGAGGAGGUUGAUAAACGAAGGCAGGGAUCUCUGUUGGUCUGAUGAGCUUUCGUCUCUGCAUGGAUGGUGAGGUCACACAAGACUUGGGUGCUGGCAGGAAGAGUACUGACUUAGAGCGGCAGGUCUUGGGUCUUAGGAUGACUUUCUCGUGUGUAACGUUCCUCAGCUUCUUGUCUUGCGGCUCUGAAGCUCCCUUCACCUUGUCUCACAAUCUUUCUGGUCCGUUGAAAUGUAGACGAGCCGACCUCAUGGGAGGAAGGCACCAGUUCUUCUUCUUUGCCUUUGUUCUCAUAUCCAUCUUUGUCUCAGAGACAUUAUGUCCUGAUGUUUGUUCUAAUGAACCAGGGUUGCUCAACGGUCCUCCUAUGUCUGUUGUCUGCACAACCUUUUCUUUGAAAAGUUUAAGUUGUUCAACAAUCUGUUUCCAAUUAAGGUACUGGUCAUCUCUGCUCUCCUGUUAGUUCCCAUUUUUUCCCUAACCUUUCACCUUCCAUCUACCUUGAACACAACAUCAAUGAUCUUUAAUUGCAGUUACACCUUUUAUACCGUUUGAAGUUCAAUGUCACAAUCACAUUUAUAACUUCUUUACCUUCUCUGAUUUAUCAUUUAUUUAUAAUUUUAUGAUAAUCAUAACUUAUUAGUUACUCUUAUUAUAAUCUUAACGUGAGUUAUUACAGAUGUUUUCUGAAAAGAAACCAAGAAUAUUCCAUGAUUCUAAUUAUUUGAUACCAAAGUUACAGUAACUUGUUUUACUUGUAAGUGUACGUGCAAGUAUUCUUACAAGUAUAUUAAUAUAAUUAACAUUAAUAUGAGUCUGAGUAAAAUAUAAUAAACUGAUUAAACAUUGUAAGAUUAACAUUAAAUAAACUUCUAAUAAAAGUAACAUACUGUGAAUGAUUAUUUUAUUCCACAGUAUAUAAUAUAAUAUCUAUAUCAGGGGUCACCAACGCGGUGCCUGCGGGAAACUGGUCGCUCGAGGGGACCUUGUCAGUCACCUGAGGAGCAGGUUCUAAAAAUAGCCUUUGUCAUUAGGGAGCACUGCCAAAAAAUUAUUUAAUUUAAUCCUUUUACAUUUGUUAGAAUGGCGCUUAGCGGCUGGUUUACAGAGGAGUCUUGAGGCAGAGAAAUAGUGCAGACCAACCAGGUGUUUAUUCUCCAACACAAACAAUCUUGACAAAACAACCAAAUCUUCAACAUAAUAAUAACACUCUUCAUUUUUAAGCAGCCAUUUCAUUUCUAAAAUACCUUUCUUUAAAUAUAAAUCCAAUCAUUACACUUCUAAAAUGCACAGUUCCAUCGCUCCCCCUCUUCCAUCUGCAUUUGGUCUCUUCGGAACCUUUAUAAGGUGUUCAGGCCCCUGGGGAAUCUUAGCCUGAACACCCUGCAGAGGAAGAGACGGAGGUAAGCCAAAUCUACACAAACAUUUCAUUGUAUUUCAAACAGUUACAAGACCCAUCCAUUUGUUUGUGUGUUUUUAUGCAGUGGCUUCUCAACUGGAACUGAUGGUGUCCUGUUAAAAUAAAACAAACAAUAAAAUUCUUCAAUCUGUAUCUGUCUCUUAUCAUUCAACCCCUUUUAAGUGUUUUCAUACAAGUAAUGAAGACCUUCAUUACAACAUUGAAGUAAUAACAUUUGUAUAUAUUUAGAGUUUUAACAAAGGAAAUGAUAAAAACGUUUAAAAUAAAUUGCUUUAUUUAUAAAACUCUUUCCUAUGGUUAAAGUUCAGAACUACGCGCAGACGCCUGCAGGAUUUUAUCGGAGGGCAGCCGCGCCUGCAGCUGUACAGCUGUACAUACUCCGCGUACCUUGAGACCUUCCUUUAAGUGAAAAAAGAAAAAAAUAAUUUCUGGAAUUUUUAUUAUUUAACCCUCUUUACUAUUAACAAAAUAGUGGAGAAAAAAGAUCUUUUGUGCCAAAACAUCUUGUAUGAAGUGCACAUCUGUGAGUCUCUGGGGAUGAGCACCCAAAGCCUAAACCUUUUUGAUCAGUUUACUUUUAUUUGCCGGCUUGGCGCUUUUUCUGUUAGAUAAAAAUGAAUGACAGGAGUUUGAACCUCUCGUUGGUCUAAGCGGUCGUUUGGAUCCCAACAGAUCUUUUUACCAUGUGCGGUUCUGGUGGGUCGUCAGUUUAUGAACUUCUUUGAAGUUUCCCGAACUGGAGAGCUGAUGGGUCAUCUGUCGGCUGACAUCCUCCGCUUUUCCUGAGCGUCACGCUAAGACUGCGGGUUAAACAAUUUAAUGUAGUUGAAUUUAAUCUAUCAAAAGUAGAGUAGAAAUUAAGCAAAUGAAGCCUAGGCGAAAAUUCAAGCUGGGAGACAAAACACAGCCGUCCCACAUCAGACACUCAACACGCCCCCGCUGCAGCCAAUCGGGACAGGUGCGCCGCACCGCUUCAGCCAAUCGUCGUUCACGGAUCCCUUCAAAGGACAAGCUUCCCCGGAUCUUCUCGCUCGUCAGCCGUGCUUCGAUUUCACGUAUGCGCUUUCCAACCUCUCCCACAUUCAGUCAGCUAGUCAGCUGCCUCCCGUCCGCCAGCAAUACCGGUCCUUCAGUCCCUAAUUCAGCUCGCAGAAGCACCUUCCGAUCAUCUUCGCCCUCUUUCAGAACCAGAUACAGGGAGUGUCCCUCACCUGCCGGCUGCGCUCCUGUCGACUCCCAGUCAUUCCUCACCGAUCUAACCACCCCAUCAAGCCUGCAUUCGGCCUCCAUUGAUGUCUUUCCCUCAUUGAUGACGCAGGCGGCCUCUGGCAUCCGCCUGGUUCCCCGCUCCGGCUCACCAUCGUCAGCUGCUACGCCUCACUGGUGCUGUCAACCUGCAGCCAAGCGCUGGUUGUCUCCACGAUCCGCCGUGGCUCCAUUGACGCACGUCGGCUCUUCCUCCUCGUCCCAUCAUGGACUCGAUCCGUUGCCCCAUCUUCUCUACCAGUCCACCUCCAGGAGAAAACCGAAAUCAGACCGCUACGCUCACCUCCGCGUAUCUCAGCUCGCAGCUGACUCUUCAGCCCCAUCAACCGGGAACUUCGUUUACGCCCAUCGGGCGUCGUCUAGGUAAGACGUACCCACUGCUGAUUCGUUCAUUUGAUAUGCAUCAUGUCACCGUCAGCGCACCAGUACCUUUAAUUCAGUUUAUCUCGCCUCCUAUUGCUGGUCAGUCGGCAUCUUCAGGGUCUCGAGUAGCUCAAUUAGUUAGAAGAGCCGGGGUUCUCACGGCCCCGCCAUUUAAUGGCGGACGCUCUUUGUCAACCUCAUUCCGUUAUUUCCCCGCUCAGGCCGCCGUAGCCCUCUCUUUCCUCUGUUGCUUAGCUCGCUCCAAAUUCUGUCAGAAGUCCCAGUUUGUAUCUCAGCACAUUCUGCCCUCCAGCCCAGCUGCGCUGGUCUCCUAAUCACAGCACCAUAUUUCUUUAAGCUUUUUCACUAAUAGAGAGGAUUCUCUUAAAGCUACACAUGAAACGCACCUGAAAACAAACGAGUUUGGUGCAAUCUUUUAUUUACAAAUUCCUCUUUUAUUGGAGGGAGAGAGAAA